AUGGAGGAGAACAAGCAUAUACCGAAGUACAUUCGCGACAAGCCUUGGUAUGUUGAGAGCGGCGAUGACGACGCGGACUACCUCGGGCACCACCGGCGCGAGCCCGGCGAGGGCGCUCAGGACUUCUCGGUGGCUCAGCAGGGUUCGGUAAUAAGUGACCGUUUUGUGGCGGGCAGCGCGCCGCGGGCGGGGCGCGGACGCGGGCGGUGCACGAACUGCGGCGCCAAUCAUGACCGGCGCGACUGCCUGCUCCGGCCGCGCAAACAGGCGCGGGGCGAUGGUGGCGAGCGCGCGUUUCAGGUCCGGGACGAGAAUGCGCUGAGCUUUGAGGCCAAGCGGGACCGAUGGUACGGGUUCGAGGGGCCGGUGGCGCCGGCAGUGGCGGCCGCGGCGGCGGAGCCGCCGGCAGCGGCAGAGGACGCGGCGGCAGCAGUGGAACGGUACAAGUUGGGACUGGACGCGCGGGCGGCGCGGGCGGGCGUGGGGGCGCCUGCGAUCCGGCCGCGGCAUGACCGCGCGCGGUACCUCGACGACGUGCGCGGCGAGGAGACGCGGUACGAUCCGAAGAGCCGUGUGUACCGCGGCGAUGGCGCGGCGGGCGAGGCGCCGGCGGCGCCGGACAGGGCCGGCCGGGACGGCAGCACGGUGGAUCACGUGAUCAGUGCGAACCCGACGCGGCUGGAGCUUGGGCGGCAGACGCCCGAGCGCGGUGCGCGGCAGCCGGAGGGCCAGGCGCAGAGCGCGGCGGCGCGCGCGAGCUUGCUGCAGCGCUACGGCAACAGCGCGCGCAGCCGCCGCUGA